UAUAGAUAUUCCUUAAGUACAGGAAGAGAAAAUCGUCAUACAUCCUGAUCACUUGACCUUCCAAACAGUUAUAUUAGACGAACACAGACAGCCAAUACGGACGUCUGUGACAGCAUGAGUUGCUGUGUAUAGAGAUUGGACUUCAGUUAUAAAGCAAGAAGAAAGCAAUACUGAUCAUGGCUUGUCUUAGAAGUCUGGGUAAACUGAUAGUACUACUGGUGUCGCUGAUUGCAGACCUGUUUGACUUUGUCAGCGAUUGGCUGUUUUAUUCGGACCUUGUUUUCGCGAAGGAUGGCCUGGUGUUUGGGACACACGAGGAUCUGAUAAUCAGGAUGUCGUUUGUGUUUUGUAUCAUUGGUUCUGUAACCUUUGUAGGAGAGAUAAUCUUAAACUUUAUGGAAUACCAUAAGGAUAACGACACCAUAGAAGUGAUCAGUGAAUUUCUAACUUUUUCAACUUUACUCAUUGAAGAUCUGCCACAGAUCGCUAUAAACGUUCGUAUCGCUAUAUGUAGGGAGGAAGCAACCAACACCGUUCAGAUUGUCAAAGCAUCAGCAGCUAUGUUUGAAGUGAUUGUCAAACUAGCUUUUGUCUGGAUCAAAUAUUUCAUUAAAAGAAAACAAGGUGGGAGAGAAUCUAGCAGAAUAAGAAAAGGUAUCAGUAUUUUUACUAGCGUUAUUCUCCUGACAAUACUUGGACUUUGUGGCACUGUGUUCUUUCUGACGACAAACUUCCAAAAGACCCAGAUUGAGUUUGACAGUGAUGGUCUAUCAGGUGAGGAGUCUGAUAAAUAUAUACAGGGAGUCGGUAUAUUCAUGAGGCUGAAUGCCUCACACAGACAGAUACACAACAUGGCCGACCAUCAAUGGAUACGACUUGUUGGUCUACAGGACGUGACACGUUUGUCAGAUCCCUCCACAGGAAUCACGCUGAGCUGUAUGUUCACAGCGCCACCUAUUGUCUAUAUAUGGGUGAGGAAUCACUCAACACCAGCAGUAGACACACUGUUUUGUUAUAAAGAGGAUUCCAAAGUGAUUUAUAGAAUUCCAACACAAAAUUGUUCAGAUACAUUUUCUAUGACCUCAAACAUUACAACUGUAUCACUAAAACUGACCUACAUCGCACCAAAUCGUCAACAGCCUUUAGGUGAUAUACACAGCAAUGUACAGGUGCAUCUCAACAACUGCACUGAGGAAGUCCAACCAGACAUCGUGACCUUGAAAUACUUUAGGGUAAAGCCAGAGGUCAAGGACUCUAUGACCUUCACCUCCACAGAGAGUGAUGGCCAAUACCAUUAUUACACUGUACCAGAUGACCUUAUGUCUGUCAGGGAAGCUUGGAGGACUGGUAAACUUAUGUGUGAAAGUACUGGACGGGAUAGUCCCAAAAUUAACAGAGAUCUCGGUGUGACGUGUCUACAUUAAUACAGCGGUAUUACGUCUUCAUCAAAUCUAACAGAGAUCUCCCUGUGACGUGUCUACAUUAAUACAGCGGUAUUACGUCUUCAUCAAAUCUAACAGAGAUCUCCCUGUGACGUGUCUACAUUAAUACAGCGGUAUUACGUCUUCAUCAAAUCUAACAGAGAUCCUCC